CGGGUAGCUCUCCUUUUUUUGCACUUUCAGGCAACACUGUGUUUCCGCUGAUGAUAAAUAAACUCUAGAUUGACGUUGAACGGGCGGAUUCCUUUCAAUCCGUAGUCCGGCGAUGUUUCUGUAGGCAGGCGCUGCUUUUUUCUCCGUUCCUCCACCGCACGUUUACGACUCCGCCAUGGAGCAGUUCAUCAUCGACAACGCCGAGCGCUACAAAAAGCUCGUGGCUACUUUUAAACCCAGCGCAUCGGCCACGCAGCAGAAAAGGGCCACCGAUGCUGCCAGUCCCGAUAUCGUGGUCUGCGCAAGGGUGCGGCCCAUGUUGGAGGAUGAAGUGGCUCAGGGGUUUCCCGUCGGAGUCCACAUCCGCAGCGGCACCAACACUGUCGACUUGCACGAGCUGCAGCAACCCGUGAGAGGACUCCCAAGGAUUAGGUCCUCCGAAUACACGCUCGACAGUCUGUAUGGACCCGAAGCCUCCACCAACCAGAUCUAUGAGGAUCUGGUCAAGCCUCUUGUCCCUUGGGCCUGGGGCGGAGGAGUCGGAACCGUGUUCGCGUACGGCCAGACUUCUUCCGGAAAGACUCUAACGGUUAGCGGAUUGGAGCGACAUGUGGCCGAGACCUUGAUGGACGGCUCGUUGGACGGAGAAAGGAAGAUCUCCAUGUCCAUCAUUGAGCUUACAGGCCAGACAGCAUACGACCUCCUCAACGACCGCAAGCAAAUCUCGAUCCUGGAAGAUUCCUUUGGCGUAACCCAGAUGGCAGGGGCUCUGGAGUACCAAGUGACCGACAAGGAGACACUCCUCGGAUACAUUGACGCCGCUGCCUCCCUCCGCCGCACGACGCCGACCCUGAGGAACGACAACUCCUCCCGCUCACACGCCAUCUGUCGAAUGCGCUUCGAGAACCCGGCCUUGCCCGAGGCCCAGGACGGCCUCCUAUACCUGGUGGAUCUGGCAGGUUCCGAGGCUGCCCGCGACAAGGUCGCUCACGAUACGAGCCGUAUGAAGGAGGCGCGCGAGAUCAACUCGAGCCUCUCGGUGCUCAAGGACUGCAUCCGCGGACGCGCCGUGGCCGACGCCGAUGCGUUCGCGGGGCGAUCCAGCAAGAAGCCCGCUUACAUCCCCUUCCGGCAGAGCACCCUGACCAAGACGCUAAAGCACGUCUUCGACCCGGCGAGCUCCCGCAGCUGCCGGACGGUCGUCGUGGCCUGCGUCAACCCGUGCCUGGCCGACAUCGGCGCGAGCAAGAACACGCUGCGCUACGCCGAGAUGCUUCGCGUGGCCGUCCCCAAAGCGAAGCCCGUCGAGUACAGCCCCAGCGUGCCGGCUACGUGGAAGAACGAACAGCUGCGCGACUGGAUCCAGCGGGAGUCAGGAGACCCUGCCAUUGCCCCCGAACUCCUGGCCCCGACCGAGACAGGGCCGCAGCUCCUGCGCCUGCCCAGUCCCGAGUUCAUCACCCGCUGCCUCAAGAGCCCCGGCGUCUCCCCCGAGCAAGCGCAGGCCUUCCAGACCAAGCUGUGGAAGCUGCACAUCGACUCGCAGCGGGCCCUCGCCUCCGCAAAUAAGAUCGCCACUCAGCAGCAACAGCAGCAGAAGGGAGAGGAGGGCGGCCUUCCCGGCCUCAUGAGCCGGAUGGAGCGGCUCGACUGCAGCGCCGACCCGGAGCCGGACGCGGGCGCCGUGCCGUUCCGGCAGCGCAUCCGGCCGGGCAUGGUGGUCGGUUGGACGCCGCCGCCCGAGUACGCCAUGUUUGCUCAGGCCGCCGGCGGCGGAAAGGCGUACGCCAUGAUCAUGUGUCCGGCGCGGGCCGCGGGGCCCCGGACGAGGGACGUCUUAGGCAAUUUGGUGGCUGAUAAGCUCGCGACGACGGCAGCGGCGCGGGGGGAGGGGAACGAUACUGAUGGCAGCGGUGGUAGCGGUGGUGGUGUUGGUGGUGGUGGUGGUGGCAGUGACGAGAAUGAUGACGCGUACUUGUGCGCGUUGGUGAUGCCGUCGCUGCUACCGGGGUCCUAUGCGAUAGCGCCGUGGCGGCAGGUUGUGGUGAAGGUCAAGGAGAUGGAGUCGGAGGUGUUUAUGGAGUGGGAUGAGGCAUCGAGAUAUUAUUAUAUGACGGUGUGAUAGAGUACAAUCAGAGACAGACAAGGGCAUCCCGUCUCGUCUUAUUGAGUCUUGAUACGGUUAUCGUGGUCUUAAUGUUGAUAUAUUGUUAGCUGGUGGUGAACUCCAGCAGUCCACCGCUAACGGGUGACUUCAUCGGGG